GGUCACCAUAACCUACAUGCAAGAUGUGUGCGUAAACUGUCUCAAAGUUGGACAAUGGACAAACAUUCCAUGAUGUCGUUAUAUUCAUUGGCACUGAUCACGCUGUUUCUGCGGUAUUCCUCUCCAGCCUAUGUGGGCUGCUACACGGAUCACUCAGACAGGCGUGUCCUGCCCCAUGAGAAACCGACCUCUACCAACAUGAAUGUCGAGUCGUGUGUUAACCAGUGUCUUGCGUAUCCAUAUGCUGGCGUUGAGAAUGGCAACGAGUGUUGGUGUGGGUUGUCAGUGGCAGAUGACACACAGGCGUCUGAGGAUGACUGUAAGCGCCAAUGUUCAGGCGACCAGGGUCAAGUAUGUGGCGACUCCUGGUUCAUAUCAGUUUAUUCAACAGCUUCAGACUUCUCCAACCGUGUGACAGAAGGCCAGAUUUCCUCUGCUAGUGGCCUCCAUAUGGUCUCGGGUUUGGCUGCAAGCAAGACACAUCCUGGUUACCUCUACGCAAUCAACGACAAUGCUGGGUCAGAUAAAAUAUACAUUGUCCACGCUGAUACAGCUAAAGUAGUCGGUGUGCUAACUGUUCAACACAGUCAUGAGUUUGACUGGGAGGACAUUGCUGUCGGGCCCUGUCCACGUGGUUCCGGGGCAUGCAUCUUUGUGGCAGACACAGGAUCACAACAUCACAACCAAGCCACCGUGUAUGCUGUCAAGGAACCGUCCACAACACACACCCAGAAUGUCCAAGUCACUUCGACCUAUGGUUAUAAGUGGACAGAGGGUUCGUCUGAGGCAAUGGUGGUAGAUUCAGCAGGAGAGGUGUACAUGUUCUCAGAGCACAGUGGACAACCGGCUCACAUGGCCAAACUCCCGUCACAGAACUGGGAUAAUGGGAAAGUCAAUACCCUCCAUUCAACCUUGACCCUGCCCUUCAAAUCUGCCAAUUCAGGUCCUCUUGCCGCAGACAUCUCCCCAAGUGGCACAGACUUGCUGAUAAAGACACUUAAUCAUAUCUACUACUGGCACAUGCCUGGCAAAUCAGUGGUUAAUGCCCUUCAACAUCCUGGCAUCGGUGUGCCCUAUGUUUCUGAAAGUCGUGGAGAGUCUGUCGCCUGGAAAUGGGAUGGUAAUGGGUAUUAUACAAUUGGUCAAGAUUCCCAGCAGGCACUUCAUUUUUAUGGACGCAAAGUACCCAUUCCAUCGACCCGACCAAGUCACACCACACCCAAGCUAACUCAUCACACCUCAACAAUUCAGGCUACAAGCACGCCUCACCAUUCGGUUACACCGUUUCCUGAUACUGGUUAUUACAACGAGUUCGUAGAGAUUGGUCACAUCGAUUCCUCAAAGGGUCUGCACAUGACAUCAGGGUUGGCGGCCAGUCGGAAACAUCCAGGGUACCUGUACGCUAUCAACGACAACAGCCACUCAGCCAGCAUCUACGUUGUGGACGAAUGGACAGCGUCGGUCGUUGCGACGCUGCAUGUAAUGCAUGCUUCAGCGGCCGAUUGGGAGGACAUUGCGGUAGGCCCGUGCCCCGGGUAUGAGACAUGCAUUUACAUCGCUGACACCGGGUCUGGUGGUAACCCUACAAAGAAUACUGUGUACAAGAUCAAGGAACCGAAAGAUGUAAAGACACAGAACAUUAAUGUUGAAAAAACUUUCCAUUUCACUUGGAGUGAAGGGUCGUCAGAGGCACUGAUGGUGGACAGGAAUGGUGAUGUCUACAUUUUGUCUGAAGCUACAGGAUCAGGUAGCAAACUCGCAAAAUUGCCAAGAAACGGAUGGGGUCAGGGUCACCCAGUGACCCUAUCUCAUUUGCUGACCUUGCCUCUUCAAACAAGCACUCUGGGUCCCGUUGCCGCAGACAUUUCACCAAGUGGCCAAGACUUAUUGAUCAAGACGGUGAAUCACGUGUAUCACUGGCACAUGGAGGACGGGGACGUGGAGAAGGCACUUCAACACCCAGGUGAACAGGUCGCAUACCACACCGAGGGGCGAGGUGAGGCUGUUGCUUGGAACACAGAUGGGAAUGGAUACUUCACGUUUGGGCAAACAGGAAAUGACGUCAUGUAUCUCUUCCGUCAUCGUGCUAACCCAAUUUGCAACUGGUGCAAUUGAGACAAGUCGACAAAGGCUCAAAGUAUCCUUGCAAUAAACUGCUCAUUACUGUA